AUGUUAUUCACGUUCUUCAUACAGUUGCUGGACAGCCUCAAACAGCUCUCGGGUCGUCACACCUGCGACGUAAUCGCGACAGCGCUCCACGCAGUACUUGUGGAAUACAAGAUUCUGCACAAGAUAUUCGUCAUCACGGACAACGGUUCAAACUUUGUGCAAGCUUUUAGGGUCUUUGGAGAAACACUUCAACAUGAUCGAGAUUUCGUGGCAAAUAGUAUCGCUGACGUGCUCGACAGUGGAUCCAACAAUGAUUCAUCUCAGAUCUACCUGCCACAGCACACGAGGUGUGCCGCGCACACAUUGAACCUAGUUGCCUCGGUCGAUGCCAAAAAUGCCGGCAACAACGUUGCCUACAGCGAAAUGGUGAGGACUGUUUUCGUAAAACUAAGGACUCUUUGGAGCAAGCAAGCCCUGUCUGUGCAGGCAGCCGAAGCUACAAAAACUGCCUUGGGAAGGCAGCUCCCUGUGCCAAACGCAACACGAUGGAAUUCGUUGUUCAACGUUGUGAAGUUCAUAAACGAGAUUCCAAAAGGGAGGGUGGACGCAACGUUCGACGCACUUUCGUUCCUUGCCACGAUUGCAACACGAGGAAUCUCUUUUUGAUGAAUACU